UUGUUACCUAGAUUACUAUAUAAUACAAUAUGAUUUGGUGCAAUGUUUAGGCUCUAAUUUCUCGAGAUUUCGAUUAAAAUUUGAAGAUAUUAAACAUGAGUGCGCCAGCAAAAAUUAAAAAAUUAGACGAAGUUGUAGUAAAUAGAAUCGCUGCUGGUGAAGUAAUACAAAGACCAGCAAAUGCAUUAAAAGAAUUAAUAGAAAACAGUCUUGAUGCAAAAGCAACUAACAUACAAAUUGUUGCUAAGGAAGGUGGAUUAAAAUUAUUACAGAUUCAAGACAAUGGAACAGGUAUCAGAAAAGAAGAUAUGGAAAUUGUUUGUGAAAGAUUUACAACAAGUAAAUUACAAACAUUUGAAGACCUUCAGGCAAUAACAACUUUUGGAUUUCGUGGUGAAGCUUUAGCAAGUAUUAGUCAUGUAUCACUUUUAACAAUCACAACAAAAACUGCAAAUGAAAAAUGUGCUUAUAAAGCAUCAUAUGUUGAUAGUAAACUAAAAGCACCACCUAAAUCAUGUGCUGGAAAUCAAGGUACUACAAUAUUGAUUGAGAAUUUGUUUUAUAAUGUUGCAACAAGAAGAAAGGCUUUGUCUAAUCCAAGCGAAGAAUUUAACAAAAUUUCAGAUGUAGUUACAAAAUAUGCAAUACAUAAUUCUACUGUAGGAUUCACAUUAAAGAAACAUGGUGAAGUUACACCUCAGGUCCGUACACAACAUAAUUCAACUAAGAUGAAUAAUGUAAGAAUACUUUAUGGUAAUCCUGUAUUUCGUGAAUUAUUGGAAGUGGAACUUAAAGAUGAUACCUAUAAAUUUAAAAUGCAUGCUCUGAUAACAAAUCCAAAUUACACAAACAAGAAGAUGAUAUUUCUUUUGUUCAUUAAUAACAGAUUAGUAGAAUCUUCUUCUAUUCGAAAAAUGUUGGAAGAACUUUAUACGUUUUAUCUUCCAAAAAAGAGCUAUCCAUGGUGUUAUAUAUCUCUAGAAAUUAAUCCACAAAAUGUUGAUGUUAAUGUACAUCCAACAAAACAUGAAGUUAAAUUUCUUCAUGAAAGUUCUAUCAUUGAAAAAAUGAAACUUGCUUUAGAUGAAAAACUCUCUGGCAAUAGUGGUUCUAAAACAUUUUAUGUACAAGCACGAUUACCAAAAGCAGAUAUUACUAAAGAAGUUUUGAAAGAAGUUUUACCAGAAUAUGAAAAAGAUAAAAGUGACAAAAUGAAAAAAAUUCAUCCUCGAGAAAUGAUCAGAACUGAUUCAUCUGAUCAAAAGUUAGACAAAUUUAAUUUUACUAUUCAUACAGCAAUGGAACAUGCUAAAAAUAUUGAUGAUAUUGAUUUUGAAAAUGAAAAAGUUGAAAAUACUAAUAGGAAUGACGAAAAAGACGUAAAUAAAAUACAGUGUUUAACAAAUGUAUCUGACACAGAAAAAAAAGAUAUAUCGAUGCAUAUUAAACCAGCAACAACAGAAAAAUCUAAUACUCCUUGGAGCAAUGUCAUAGAUGAUACAAGUCCAUCUGUGUCAAGCCCCGCAGUAUUUGACGAGCCCAAUUUAAAUUUAUCUAUUCAAAAUAUUAACAAGGAACAGUGUGAAUCCAAUUGUGAGCAAGACAUUUUAGAAAUAAAAAAUGAUAUAAUCAAUAAAAGUGUAGCAGAUGAUUCCGUUUCUAUGAAAGAAAAAUGUAUCGAUGUUAUCGCAGAUAAAGCACGUAAACAAGUGUAUAAAUACUUUGGACAUAAAAGCAAAUUAGAAGGAAAAAAUACAGAUAAAGAUAAUAUAGAUAAUGAAGAAAAAAAUGUAUUUGAAAAACCCAAUGAAUCGGGAAUUGUUACUGAAGAAAUACCAAAAGAAACUAGUGAAAGUAAAAAUUCGUAUGAAUUCAAAUCCUACUCAAUAAACAAUUUUAGACGAGAAGUCAAACUGACGAGUGUCUUAAAAUUACGUAUAGAAGUAGAAAACGCAUGUCACGACGGUUUAAAACAUAUUUUAUCAGAAUUAAGUUUCGUUGGUUGUAUAGAUCAAUCUUCAGCUUUAAUUCAAAGUGGAGUUAAUUUGUACCUUUGCAAUACACAAAAAUUAGCAGAGGAACUGUUUUAUGAAAUUAUGCUUUAUGAUUUUGCAAAUUAUGGAGUCAUCAAAUUUUCGGAAGCACUUCCUUUAUAUGAUAUAGCUAUGUUAGGAUUAGAUACUGAAGAAGCUGGAUGGACAGAGGAAGAUGGACCAAAAGAGGAAUUAGCCACAAAUGUUAAAGAAUUGUUAUUAGAGAAAGCAGACAUGUUGAAAGAAUAUUUUUCUAUUGUUAUAGAUAAAAAGGGAAAUUUAAAAUCUUUACCAGUAUUAUUAGAAAAAUAUUUUCCAUCUGUAAGUGGUCUUCCUCUUUACAUAUUACGUUUAGCUACCGAAGUAGAGUGGUCAUCAGAGCAACCAUGCUUUCGAACUGUUUGUAAAGAAACAGCAAAAUAUUACAGUCAAAUGAGUCCUACACACGAUACUCAUGACUGGAAAUACAUUACAGAACAUGUUUUGUAUGCUGCAAUUAAGGAGAGUUUCCUGCCUCCUAAACAUUUUGCACAUGAUUCAACAAUAUUACAAAUAGCCAAUUUGCCUGACUUGUAUAAAGUUUUUGAAAGAUGUUAGAUAUUUACGAUAAAAUUGAUGUAUUAUAGAAAGUAAAUAUUAUUUGUUUAAUAGUAAGUUAUUUAUAUUAUAAUAAAAA